UAAUCCUUCAGCCCAAUGGAGAAAAAUGAAAAAAAUCCUGAGAGCGCCAAAUUCAUCACUGACAAACUCAGGCAUUAACCAGUAACCAAAAAUAUCCAACAUGGUGCCAAACCCACCCAUUUUGCCAAAAUCCACUCAGGAUGUAGACGAAUCAAAGUAUACUCGCCACGGAGUUACAGGAGGAUCAACGUCUUCAACCAUAGGUGCUUUCCUCAAGGGUCGUCGUGCACGCACCAUCUUAUACGCUUCCAUCUUAUUUCUCGGAUCUGUUUGGUUGAUUACACAAUAUGGCCAUAGCAACUGGAGAGUCAAGUCAAACGGUGCCAGUGAUGUUUACGAUCACACAAUUGGUGAACAUGGUGCCCAAAAAGAUGCUGCUGCUAUAGCUGCCGUUGAAGGAGACUUGAUGGAGGUUGUCGAUGCUGAUCUUUCGCUCAACAAUAAGCAAGAGAGUGCUAACAAUGACGAUGAGGGUGAUAUGCCAGUUGAAGCAGAGAUUAGAUCGUUGAUGCAAAGAUACCCUGUACUUGUUUUCUCAAAGUCCUAUUGCCCCUUCUCUAUGAAAGCCAAAAAGGUUCUUGCAACCUAUAGCUACAAGAUUCCCAUGCAUGUUGAGGAAGUUGACUUGAGAGACGAUGGCAUGGACGUGAAGCAGGCGCUCACCUUAAUGACUGGAAGAUCUACAUUCCCUAACGUCUUUAUAAACGGAGAAAGUAUUGGUGGAGGAGAUGAAGUAGCAGCAAUGGAACAUAGUGGUCAGCUCGUAGAUUUACUUACAAAGGCAGGCGUAUUGCAGUCAUCGGCUUAAUCACAUAUACUGUACCUAGGUGCAUUUCUCAUGUACAAAUUUAUUUCAAUCAAUUCAUAUUCACAUUGAAGUCAAAGACAUUAUUAUCAUUUAUGAAAGCCAUUA